CACACGGAGAUUGGGGUUUCGGGCGCUAGCUAAAAAAUGGUUGUGGGCCUGAUUUUGCGGGCGGGCGUUGUCUACGCAGUGGUGAUGGCCACCAAGAACUACGGUGUGUGGGAGUCCCCAGAUAAAACCCAGGAAGUUUAUGACGAUACAGUAGAGCGGAUAGAACCCUAUGCUGACAGAGCGCGACGCAAACUGAAUAUGUGCCCGCCAAGACCGCCGCCGGAGGGCGAGUGGUCCUUUUUUGGCAUUUACUACUACAAUAAGUUUGUGAAAUCAGUCUUCGAUGUUCUGAGCGUAUUUCCCGCUGGAUUGGCAGCAUUUUUGGAGAAAGCCCCCGGCUAUGUGACUGCCUUAAUCGAAAGCAUUAGAAAGUUCUUCAAGGAGACUCACCAAAAAAAGGAAAUCAAGAUAUGCAAGGAGCGAUUGGACGAGACGCCGCUUGUUAGACCACCAGGACAACUUGUGCCACCGCAUUGCAAGGACAAGAACUGCCCAAAGGCUCCUCUGAUUCCACCAGGAUGCAAUCGAAACCGGGAUAGCUUCAUCUACGAGCCGCGUUUGCCCAAGAAGCCACCGUGCGAGUGCUCAAAAUGCAAGCAACGACAGGCGGAGAAUUGGAAGGACAAUAAACGCAAAUGCCCGAGAGUCCCUGACAAUGAAAGGAGGUGUAGAUGUGGUGAGCAACCCCCAUUAGAAGCCCGGUCAGAACCCAUCAAGUCCUGCAAACAGUGUCGAAAGCCACCUAGAGACACCAGUGCCUAGAAAUUCCCU